UUAUAAAUUUAUUUUACAUCUCGUUCGGUUGCGUUUGAUCGAAAAAAAAAAUAAUUAAAAAUCUAUUCAAUUUCAAUCGCGCGAGUGCAUGUUAAUUAAAUAUUAUUAAAAUAUAUACAAUUUGGUCAUGAUUAAACAAUAAAUUAAUACAAUUAUCCAAAGCGAAUAAAGAUUUAAACACACACCUCUCCUCUUUACGUAUAUUAUGGAAAAAACAUGUGUUCAAUCUGCUGAUAUUGAGUCAACUGGUUGCCAUUCGAGAAUUAUUAUCAAUUCACUAACGGCAGCAUCAUCAGAACCAGCUAUUUGUAGUAGUACAUCGACGACGACGGAGGAGGAUAAAUCAUCAUCAUCCACAAUAAUCGAGGCGCUCUCUAACUUAAGAUCGCCGCAAAUGUCGUCCAAAGAAUUACAGCUCCAACUGCAAACACAGACACUAAACACAUUAAAUGAUAAGAAAAUCUACAAAAGCUAUGAUAAUUUAAAUGAAGAUGGUAAUGAUGGUGAAGGUCGAGGCUGCAGUGUUAUAUCUAUGUCAACUCCUGCCGCUGAAAGUAUGACACUGUACAAAGAUGAUGAUAGCCGUUCGGGAUCAAGUGAUGAUAUAACCACACCCAUUGUUGAUUUACAAAGUCGUAGUAACAACGAUGACGAUAAUGAUAAAACUAACGUCGCACCAACAACAACAUUAUCUACUACGAAUGUUAUCCAAGUGAUACAAGAUCAUAAUCGACGACGAGGAGGAGGAUGCCACGAAGAAACAACGAUGACAUCGAAUAAUGGUGGAGUUGGUGUAGGCAUUUACCUCGAGACACCAGUUAUCGAUGAGCAAAUAGUUGGUGUUAAUAGUCAUGAUUACGAAAAGGCCAAACCAAAAAGACUUAGCGAUGAGUUCCUCAUGUCAUCGGAGGAUUGCUGCGAUGACGAGAGGAAUAAUAGCACCAGCAGUACCAGUAGCAGUCAUAGUAAUCCUCUAGCAACUCAUAGUAAUAGUAGCAUUAGUAAGACGGCAGAUUGUAGUAUUAGCAGUAAUAGCAGCAAUAUUAGUGGAAUAUCAAAAAAAGAAGGAAUACUCAAUGAUUUGCUGAAAUCUGUUAUGACUGCUGAUAAUAUCGUUAGUGCUGAUGUGGCUAAUUUAAAAGUAAAAAAUACAUCAGCAGGAGGUGGUGGUGGAUCAUCAGCAGCAAAUGUACAUGAUUGUUGUAAUAAAUCUCAUUUUGACUAUUGUCAUGGUGGCGGUGGCGAUGGUAUGCCAGGAGCAAGUGGCAGUAUGUCCUCACGUUUUCGAAAAAUCAACAUUGCCUAUUUGCCAUUUUUAAGUAAAGUUUGUAGAAAUAACAAACUCGGGGGAGAGGAGGAUGAUAAUGAUGAUACUGAAGCAGAUGUUGCGGACAAUGAUGUGCAAUCAAUGGACGCCAUUGAACGUCGAGACUUUGAAGAUGAACAAAGACUCACAGGUGGAAUAAUAUUAAAAUCUAGUUCGUUAGCUAAGAAUGAUAGACUUAAAUUAGAUAUAGUUCAACAACAACAACAACAAAAUGCGCAAAAUGCCGCCAAUAAUCAACAGCGAGUAGUCUCAUCAGAUAGUAAGUAUACCUACAAAGACCAUUCAACAACACCGACCAGCAGCAGGCAUUACAAAAGCAGAUUAACUAAAUCAACUGCCAAAAUAAAUCUUACCACCAGCCUAAAUCAUCCAGAAACCAACACUGUUACAACAAAUGGAGAUAUCGCUACAAAUGAUGACCAACAAACAAUAGAAAAUAAAGAAGAUCAACCAGAUAGUAGCAGUUGUAAUAAUAGUUCAACAACAACAACGACAAAUGAUAACUGUCACCAUAAAGUACAAGAAGAAAAUGAUCCAGAAUCAAGUAAUCCCGCUUCGUCAGCAGGAACUGAUUCAUCUUCAUCGCCACUAAAUCUGCGAACUACACUCCAAGAUAGUAAUCCCGCCAACAACAACAAAAAGCUUGUUGAAAUUCUAUCGAAUCCAAAUUCAAAUGAAAGCUUAUCCGAGCAUUCGUAUAAUACCUCAUCCAGUCAUUCCUUGUCAAGAGUAUCAUCAUCUAAACAGUUGACGACGCAGCAGCCACAAGUAUGCCUUAGUUCGGAAGAAGAAAUUCUCAAAAAAGCUAUUGAAACAAUUAAUACAUUACAGCAAAAACUUGUUGGCGAAGGCAUUAAUGAUGAUGAUAUUGCAACGACUUCAUCGUCAGCACGUUGUCAAUAUUCGGCCUUGAAAUAUCUGCGAAAUUCUCUGAGAAAAGACAAUUCAAGUAAUUUGCAUUGUGAUGAUGUUGCAACGGGAUCAUCAGAGUCAGUUUCUGGAAGUUCCACUACCGCAGCAGUCGCUGAGGAAAAAGUUGUACCUGCAGCUUCUCCUCUUUUUGCCAUAAACAGCAACAACAGUCAUGCAAAUUUCCAACAAGAAGAACCCAACCAACAACUGAAUCAUGUAGAACGUAGAGUCACAGAGUUUCCAUACCUUGAUCAUGCUCUACCUCUAGACAACGAAUUUGAUGAAGAGACUUGGGCAGAUUGUGACGAGGGAUCCGAUGAUGAGGUGUGUACAUGCCAUAAGGAUAGUUUUUCAAAUCAACGAGACAAACGCGGCGAUACCUCUGAUUUGCUUUCGGAAGAUGCUUUAUCGAAAGAUGUCGAGCUCUCCAGCUACAUACAAAUGGUGUCGAUUUCAGAGGACACACUGUCCCAUGAACAGAGCAUGUCACCUGAAUUCACAGGACUUCAACGAAAACGGAAAUUCAACGAAAGUCGCCUUCUGGAUGGCGAUCACUUUUUGAGUGAUAGUGGAAGAAAACGUAUUGCAUACGAUUACUCUUCAACGCCUCGUAGUUCGCAGACACUUUUGUUGAUUCCAAGUCCUUCAACUCCAUUGGGUCGACGUACUCCGCGCUCUUUGAUUCCCACAAGAGAUAAUCCCCCGCCAGAACUGCAAGAUUGGUUGGUGCAAUUCCAACGAUGGUCGCAUGCUGAACGGCUACUUGCUGUCGAUAGACUGAUUGAACACUGCGAACCGACUCAAGUUCGUCAUAUGAUGAAAGUUAUUGAACCGCAGUUUCAAAGAGAUUUCAUAUCUCUACUACCACGUGAAUUGGCGCUGCAAGUAUUAGCCUAUUUGGAUCCAACUGAUCUGCUUAGAGCAGCACAAACCUGUCGUAGCUGGAGAUUCCUGUGUGACGAUAAUCUGUUGUGGAAGGAAAAAUGCCGCAAAGCACAAAUACUGAUUGAACCGAAGACAGACAGACCGAAACGUGGGCGAGCUGGAAAUAUGCCGCCAAUUGCAUCUCCGUGGAAGGCCGCUUACAUGCGACAGCACAUAAUUGAAAUGAAUUGGCGUUCGCGACCAAUAAGGGAACCUAAAGUUUUGAAAGGUCAUGACGAUCAUGUUAUUACGUGCUUGCAAUUCUCAGGAAAUCGAAUUGUUUCGGGAUCAGAUGAUAAUACGCUUAAAGUUUGGUCAGCUGUUACCGGAAGGUGUCUGCGCACAUUAGUGGGCCACACCGGUGGAGUUUGGUCAUCCCAAAUGUCUGGUAAUAUAAUUAUUUCGGGCAGUACUGAUAGAACAUUAAAAGUUUGGGAUAUGGAAACGGGAGAGUGUGUUCACACAUUGUUGGGACACACAUCAACUGUGCGGUGUAUGCAUUUACAUGGCAAAAAAGUUGUAAGUGGUUCACGGGAUGCAACACUGCGUGUCUGGGACAUUGAACGUGGCAAUUGUUUGCAUGUUCUAGUCGGACAUUUGGCCGCUGUUCGAUGUGUGCAAUAUGAUGGAAAACUUAUAGUUUCCGGUGCCUAUGAUUAUAUGGUGAAAAUUUGGCACCCAGAGCGUCAGGAAUGUCUUCAUACGUUGCAAGGUCAUACAAACCGUGUAUAUUCUUUACAAUUUGAUGGUAUUCAUGUUGUAUCGGGAUCUUUGGACACAUCGAUACGUGUAUGGGAUGUAGAGACUGGCAAUUGUAAACAUACACUUAUGGGACAUCAGAGUCUUACGUCUGGUAUGGAAUUGCGACAGAAUAUUUUGGUUUCGGGUAAUGCCGAUUCAACUGUGAAAGUCUGGGACAUAACAAAUGGUCAAUGCUUGCAGACACUUUCAGGUCCAAAUAAGCAUCAAUCGGCAGUUACUUGUCUUCAAUUCAAUUCGAGAUUUGUAAUCACCAGUUCAGAUGAUGGCACUGUAAAAUUAUGGGAUGUCAAAACUGGUGAAUUCAUAAGAAAUCUUGUUGCCUUAGAUUCUGGUGGAUCUGGCGGUGUUGUGUGGCGUAUUCGGGCAAAUGAUACAAAACUCAUUUGUGCAGUUGGUUCACGCAAUGGUACUGAGGAAACCAAAUUAAUGGUCUUAGAUUUUGAUGUUGAAGGUGCCUGCGUAAAAUGUUCAUAAGUGUUAAGUAAUUGUUAUUUUUGCAUAUAAAAAAAACCCAUACCGCACAGUUCUUUUGCAAAGAAUGUUUUUUCGCAGAGGGCAAACAAACAAAAAAAAACAAAACAAACUAAAAAUCUUUUCAAGAACGUAACAAAUUGAGACUUAAUAUUUAAUGAUAAUAAUUAUUAUUGUAUACCUGUGUUGUAAGAAUGUGAAAGAAAAAAAGAAAACACACAAAUCUAAUUAAUUAUGCAAAAAAAAAAAAAAAAACAAAUAGAAACAAAAAAAAAUACGGUAGAACUGGUAUCUAAUGCUUUAUGAGGGCAGGCGCAAAGAUGUAAUUUUCUUUAUUUUUUUUUUUUUUUUUUGUUUAAAUAAUUUUUAAUUUGUUACAUUUGUCAGCCUAUCCUCCCAGUAGUAGAACUUUCUAGUUGCUUAAGUCCUUACUUGGUAUCUAAAAAAAAAACAAAACAAAUAAAACACAAAAAACCGUAUGAAUUUAUCUAGUUGUUAGGAGAUACAUUAAAUCUAUUUAAUUUAAAUAGUUUUUUUUUUCUUUUUUUUUUGUAAAAUCUAGAUUUUUUUUUUAGAAAUUACACACAGAUCGCAUCAAAGCUUUAUAUUAUUAUAAUAUUACUUUACGUACAUAAAACAUUUAAUUAAGAUUCUUGCUUAUUUGUAGGUCUUUUUUUUUGUAUUUUUAAUAAUUUUUGUUCUAUUAAAAUGUCUUUGUUUCUAUUAUGUAAAAUGUAAUUUUUUUUUUAAAUCAGAUUUUUUUAACCUUCAUUUUACUUAUUAUUAUUGGUUUAUUGAAUUUUGUUAUUUUAAUAUCGUUUUCAAAGUGAUACAAAAAAGAAGAAGACAUUUUCUGGGCUAUAUGGUAGGAAUAUGUGGCUCACACCACAUUUUGAGUUUUAUAGAAUUUUGAUUCAGAAAAUUUGUAAUGUAAAAGAAACAUCAAGGGCUAGAUUUAACUACAUCUGUUAAAUAGGAUUUUCGAUUACUUAACACAAUUUGUUUGUACAUUAACUUUGUCUUUGUAAACGUUAAAUAUUUUUAAUUUUUAAUACAACACCUGUUGAAUUUUGGUGACUAGUUCAUAUCACCAAAACGUGUAAUUUAAGCUGUUCUUAACGUCAAGAGAUUUAAAGCGUUUGAUUAAAAAAUAUCAAAAAGAA